CGUCUGUCGCCCGCCAUCAUCAUCUUCUACCAAACAGAAUCAAAACUAUAUUUCCAUUUACUUAAUACAAAAGUCUUAGUCAAAUGUCUUCUCGUGCUUCAUAAUCGAAGCAAACAAAAUAAAUAUAAUCACUUUGCAUUUAAUAUUGUAAUAUUUAAUUCUUCAAUUCCUUAGUUUCUGUUAUUAUUACUUAUCAUCUUCUUCUUUUCUUCUUUGACAAAAAAAAAAAAAAACACAUAAAUGGAUACUCAUCUGUUCUUGCCAUCCCAUGUACACUCCAUGAUCACCCUCUUCUUUCUCUUACUUUUUGUUUCAUCAUCUUACUGUGAAGAUGAUAAGCACUAUACAGAGUGCAGGAAAACCUUUUCAUGUGGAAAUUUACAUGGUCUUUAUUAUCCUUUUUGGAGCGAUGAAAGGUCUAAAAUAUGUGGUGACCAAAGGUUUAAGCUCCGCUGCGAAGAAGAUCAAUUUCCUGUUCUAAGUAUCACAAAUCAAGAUUUUCGGUUACUGUCCGUUGAUGACUUCGGACGAAUAACGAUUACAAUCGUUCGAAUGGAUUUAUUUGAAAGUAUUUGUCCGGUGAAUAUCGCUGAAAUUCGUCCGAUUACUAUCGACAAUGCUCUCUUUUUAGAUGAACAGGAGGUUCAAAACGUUACUCUAUUCUACAAUUGCUCAGCGGAAAAACCUCCUUUUCCAAACUACAGAUUUUCAUGUGAUGUAAAUGGAGAAGAAAGGCCUGCAUAUUAUGCGACUGGUGAGUGGGAGAUAGACCACCUUUCCAACUAUUGUAACAUCGAAUUGCAGGUCCCGAUUUCUGCAUAUCGUAUCGAAAUUAUUUGGAACGGGCUUCGAAAUUUUGAGAGAGUUUUGAAAGCUGGAUUUAAUGUUGUCUACAAGCCCGAUGAAAUGUGCGAGAGAUGUAGCGAUUCAAGUGGGAUUUGUGGUACCAACUCCACUACUUCCAGAUUCACCUGCCUUUGCCAUGAUCGUCCUUAUCCUAUGAAUUGUCCUAACGUUGACAGUUCAAAGGUGCCACUAAAAGUUGGUAUUGGUGUAGCAGCAGGUUUUGGAAGUGUAAUCAUAACAUGCAUAAUCUUCUAUAUUUAUCUAAGACGCAAGAAAAAAGCAUAUAAUCCAUCUUCCUAUAUCUCUCAAAGCAACACAUCAGAUUACUCUUCUUCGAAGUCAGAUGUUGAGAAAGGAGGUAGCUACUUCGGUGUUCAUCUUUUCACCUAUGGUGAACUUGAAGAGGCUACAAACAAUUUUGAUUCUGCUAAAGAGCUUGGAGAAGGAGGUUUUGGCUCUGUAUACCAUGGCACACUUCGAGAUGGACGUGUUGUUGCAGUUAAGCGCCUGUACGAAAACAACUACAAAAGAGUUGAGCAGUUCAUGAAUGAAGUUGAUAUCCUAACUCGGUUACGCCAUCCAAAUCUUGUGACACUAUAUGGCUGCACAUCCCGCCACAGCCGUGAACUUCUGUUAGUGUAUGAGUACAUUCCUAAUGGUACAGUUGCUGAUCAUCUUCAUGGAGAAAGAGCAAAGCCUGGUGAACUCCAAUGGUCUACUCGAAUGAAAAUUGCUAUAGAGACUGCUAGUGCAUUAGCUUAUCUCCAUGCUUCAGAUAUCAUACACCGCGAUGUGAAAACCAACAACAUUCUUCUUGACAACAAUUUUUGUGUUAAAGUUGCAGAUUUUGGAUUGUCUCGCCUCUUUCCACUAGAUGUUACACAUGUUUCCACUGCUCCACAAGGAACUCCUGGCUAUGUCGAUCCGGAGUAUCACCAAUGCUAUCAGUUGACUGAUAAAAGUGAUGUCUACAGUCUUGGAGUAGUCUUAGUUGAGCUUAUAUCAUCAAUGCCAGCUGUUGAUAUCACGAGGCACCGGCAUGAAAUUAAUUUGUCUAAUAUGGCAAUCAAUAAGAUACAGAGCGGUGCAUUAGAUGAACUUGUUGAUCAAAGUCUCGGAUUUCAAUCAGACUAUGCAGUAAGAAAAAUGAUAACUGCAGUUGCCGAGUUAGCAUUUCAAUGUCUACAAAGCGCGAAAGAGUUAAGACCAUCUAUGGAAGAAGUGUUGGAAACUUUAAAGAAGAUUCAAAAUAAGGGUUACAAUAUUGAAAAGGCAGAGGAAGUUGAUAUUCCAUCAGAUGAUGUUGGAUUGCUGAAAAGUGGUCCUUUGCCACUUUCUCCUGAUACUGUUAUGAUAAAAUGGAUAAGCAAUUCUUCAACAGCUAGUAUCAGUAGCUGAGUUUUGCUUCUUUCACUGUGUUUUCAAGUACAAUUUCAGUUCUUGGAAGGGAUGUAUAUAUAUGAUUUGAGAAGGUGAGAUGUGUGUUCUAUAUGCUUAAUGUUCUCCUUCUGCUUAUUAUUCUUUAGGUGAUUUUUGCCUUUUUACUAAUCGAUUAUAUAUUAGUUAAAAAAAUAUUGCUUUAUUCAUUGAACUGACACUGUAAUGUAUCUUAGAAAUAAAUUCUGUAUAUCUUGAUAAUAUAGUGCAGCUAUUUACUGUA